CGACAAGUAGGAUGUAGCGAGCAGGACGCGUCCAUAGCCAUUUUGAUUUAAGCCAUUUAUCGUGGCUGAUUGUUCGUUACCGCGCGUUAUUCGGGCUCCUUCGCAUCCUGCGCAGCCAUGUCGCUUGGACGUGCUGCCGUCGUGGUGGCGUUUGCGGGCCGCGCGGCUUCCCUCUUGAUGCACGUGGACCAGGCCCCUGAGUUGGCUGGCCCAGGCUCGGACAUGUUCAACACGUCGAGGGUCGCCAUACAGUGGAGCGAGACGAGGCUGGGCCCGCCCGCGCUCGAGUCCGAGGCGUGCGUGGCCGCGUGGAACUUCUCCUUCCAGUCGGAGUGGAAGGAGAAGGACCCCAUCAUCUUCCCCGAGGCCGGCAUCGGCGCCCGCCGACGCAUGGUAGAAAUGGACGGCAUGGAGUACCAGCUCUUCCUCCCGCGAGAGUGGGGCAACAACUCGCUGUACCCCCACCCCACGGUCAUCUACUUUCACAGCCAUCCGGAGCGCAAGUGGAGCCUGAUGAACUCGGAGAGCUUGCCUCGCAUGCUGGCCAGGAACCAGAGCCAGUCCUUCGACAACCGCUCCUGCUGGUGCCUGCCAGAGGCUGGCUACGACGCCUACGCGGAGACCAACGACACGUCGAAGGCGUACGACGACGGCACGCCGGCGGCGCCCACGGGUUCCCCAAUGGCCGACUGCACUUUUGCCGACACGUUCAACUCCCUGGUGAUCAUGCCCCAGGGCUGGGUCGGGUCCGAGACCCCCGGGUGGACCACCUCCCACUUCGCUACGAUCAAGAACAUCACGACGGCCAUCAUUCAGAAGUUCAACGGCGACGCGGACAAGAUCAUCGUGACGGGCACCGCAGAGGGCGGCGCUGGUGCCUUGGAGUUUGCCAAAACUUACCCGGACCUCGUUUCAGCCGCGAUCAUCACCGAUGCGCCCUCUGCAACAUCCGACUCGAGUCUGGAAGGGCUUCCUAUCUACGUCACGGCCGACGGAUCGAUGGGUGACGCCGCCAGCGUGGACGCUUUGGUUGUGUCCUUGAAGGGACGCGCGUCGGGCGAGACCAAGUACACGCGCUACGCAACGGCGCCUUCGGCAGCCGACCCCGGCUUCAGUGCCGGUUACGGGCACAGCUCCGACAUCAUCUACCGCGACCCGCAGUUGUGGGCCUGGGCCUACUCGUUCAAGACCCAGGGCGGCCGCGAACGCUUGGGAUUGGAGCCGCUGCCCUUCGUCCCCAUGCACUGAGCAGCCACGCUGAGCCCCGGUGCGCGGCGCCCCGCGGGCUCCCCGAAGCCCGUCGUGCCUGCGUGCUGCCCCCUUUUGUGGAUCGGCUUGCCCAGCGCGGAUUGCGCCGCUUGGGCGAACGACGGGGUGCGUUGCACGCGCUCGAACGCCGCCCGCCUUCGGAUGGGCGCCGCCUCGGACCGACUCCGCGCGUGCUGCGCUCUGCCCUCGCGGAGUGGUUCGCCCCUUCCCGCAACAGACAACAUGUAGCGAGCAGGACGCGCGAGAAGAAAUGCUGGAUGGCGCGGCCAAGCAAGACGUAGAAGG